GAACCAGAGAACGACACGCGCGGGGCCGAGAAGGAGAAUCGAGGUUCCGCGCGGGCGGGGACGAGAAGCAGCGCUCGGGCACGCGGGGACGGCGGCCGGCGCGGGCGGGCGCGGCCUUUGUCUCCUCCUCAGGCGCGCUCGGUGGCUGCCCCGGCCCCAUGAGCCCGCGGCCCCCCGGCGCCUGGGCCGCCCGCAGCCCCUGACCUGACCUGCCCUCGCAAUGGCGGAAGCUACCUCCGGCGCUGGGGGCACGUCCCUGGAGGGCGAGCGUGGCAAGAGGCCCCCGCCGGAGGGCGAGCCUGCAGCCCCGGCGUCCGGAGUUCUGGAUAAGCUUUUUGGGAAGCGGCUCCUGCAGGUGGGUCGGUAUCUGGUGUCUCACAAAGCAUGGAUGAAGACGGUGCCCACGGAGAACUGUGACGUGUUGAUGACCUUCCCAGAUACGACCGAUGACCACACGCUGCUAUGGCUGCUGAACCACAUCCGCGUGGGUAUCCCUGAGCUCAUCGUGCAAGUCCGCCACCAUCGCCACACACGCGCCUACGCUUUCUUCGUCACCGCCACAUACGAGAGCCUACUCAGAGGGGCCGACGAGCUGGGUCUGCGCAAAGCAGUGAAGGCCGAGUUUGGCGGGGGCACCCGCGGCUUCUCCUGCGAGGAGGACUUCAUCUACGAGAAUGUGGAGAGUGAGCUGCGCUUCUUCACCUCCCAGGAGCGCCAGAGCAUCAUCCGCUUCUGGCUGCAGAACCUUCGUGCCAAGCAGGGCGAGGCACUGCACAAUGUGCGCUUUCUGGAGGACCAGCCAAUCAUCCCUGAACUGGCGGCCCGCGGGAUCAUCCAGCAGGUGUUCCCAGUCCACGAGCAGCGCAUCCUGAACCGUCUCAUGAAGUCAUGGGUGCAGGCUGUGUGUGAAAACCAGCCUCUAGAUGAGAUCUGCGACUACUUUGGUGUGAAGAUUGCCAUGUACUUUGCCUGGUUGGGUUUCUACACAUCGGCAAUGGUGUACCCGGCGGUCUUCGGCUCAGUCCUGUACACAUUCACAGAGGCUGAUCAGACAAGCCGGGAUGUGUCCUGCGUGGUCUUUGCCCUCUUCAACGUGGUCUGGUCAACGCUGUUCUUGGAGGAGUGGAAACGGAGGGGGGCCGAGCUGGCCUACAAGUGGGGAACACUGGACUCACCCGGGGAAGCUGUGGAGGAGCCACGACCCCAGUUCAGGGGCGUGCGGCGCAUCAGCCCUGUGACUCAGGCAGAGGAGUUCUACUACCCGCCCUGGAAGCGGCUGCUCUUCCAAAUGCUCGUGAGUCUCCCCUUGUGCCUCACCUGCCUAGCCUGCGUGUUCCUGCUCAUGCUCGGCUGCUUCCAGCUCCAGGAGCUGGUGCUGAGCGUGAAGGGGCUGCCCCGUCUUGCCCGCUUCCUGCCGAAAGUCAUGUUGGCCCUGCUGGUCAGCGCAAGCGCCGAGGGCUAUAAGAAGCUGGCUGUCUGGCUCAACGACAUGGAGAACUAUCGGCUGGAGAGUGCCUAUGAGAAGCACCUCAUCAUCAAGGUCGUCCUGUUCCAGUUCGUCAACUCAUACCUGAGCCUCUUCUACAUUGGCUUCUACCUCAAGGACAUGGAACGCCUGAAAGAGCUCCUGAUCGUCUUGUCCCUGUCCCAGAGCCUCGAGCGGCAGCUUUGGGCGGUGCUGGUCCCGCUCGUGGCCCUGCGGUUCCGCCUGCUCCUCCUCUCCCUCCAGGGCCUCCUUCUUGAGGCCCGGGCCAAAAUGCUGGCCACACUGCUGAUCACCCGCCAGUUCCUCCAGAAUGUUCGAGAGGUUCUGCAGCCCCACCUGUAUCGGCGGCUGGGCCGAGGAGAGCUUGGCCUGCGGGCGGCCUGGGAGCUGGCCCGUGCCCUGCUUGGCCUCCUGAGCCUCCGGCGCCCCACACGCGGCCACCUCGAACCCCCGGCUGAAGAGGGUGGCGGUGGCAGCAGCAGUGGGGGGGGCCGCAGGUGUCUCAGUGGGGGCUGCGGGGCACCUGAGGAGGAAGAGGAGGCCACGGUGGAGCGGCGGCCGGCAGGGGAAGGGGGAGAGGUGGGGGAUGGGCCCCGGGGGGGCAGAGAGGAGGAGGACGAAGAGGAGGAGGAGGACGACGAAGAGGAGGAGGAGGAGGAGGAGGAAGGCGAGGAGGGUGGCCUCCUGGACUGUGGGCUCCGACUGAAGAAGGUCAGCUUUGCUGAGCGGGGGGCUGGGCGGCGUCGGCCAGGCCCAAGCCAGGAGGCCCUCCUGGAGGAGGGGAGCCCCACCAUGGUGGAGAAGGGGUUGGAACCAGGUGUGUUCACACUGGCCGAGGAGGACGAUGAGGCCGAGGGGGCUCCCAGCAGCCCCGAACGGGAACCUCCCCCAGCUGUCCUGCUCCGCCGGGCCGGAGGUGAGGGCCGAGACCAGGGGCCAGAUGGGGGCCUGGACCCAGAGCCAGGCUCAGGCGACUCAGCCCGGAAGCAGCGGCGGCAGAACCGGUCAUCUUGGAUCGACCCACCAGAAGAGGAACACUCCUCUCAGCUCACCCAGGCGGAGCUCGAGAGCUGCAUGAAGAAAUAUGAGGACACGUUCCAGGACUACCAGGAGAUGUUCGUGCAGUUUGGCUAUGUCGUGCUCUUCUCGUCCGCCUUCCCCCUGGCUGCCCUCUGCGCCCUCAUCAACAACCUCAUCGAGAUCCGCAGUGACGCCCUCAAGCUGUGCACGGGGCUACAGCGGCCCUUUGGGCAGCGGGUGGAAAGCAUUGGCCAGUGGCAGAAGGUGAUGGAGGUCAUGGGCGUCCUGGCAAUCGUGGUCAAUUGCUAUCUAAUUGGCCAGUGUGGGCAGCUGCAGCGCCUCUUCCCCUGGCUCAGUCCCGAGGCAGCCAUCGUGUCCGUGGUGGUGCUCGAGCACUUCGCUCUGCUCCUCAAGUACCUCAUCCAUGUGGCCAUCCCCGACAUCCCGGGCUGGGUGGCUGAGGAGAUGGCCAAGCUGGAGUACCAGCGCCGGGAGGCCUUCAAGGAGAGCCCUGGUGUGGGCCCAGGCCUGGGUGGGCACCUGCUCACACACUCACUCCUCCCAGUGCCCGUAAUGGCUCCAUUCUGCCACCAGAGACAUGAGCGCCAGGCCCAGCACCGCUACCAACAACAGCAGCGGCGGAGGCGGGAGGAGGAGGAGCGACAGCGCCACGCGGAACACCACGCCCGGAGGGAGCGAGACGCCAGUGGCCGAGAGGAGGCUCGGGCCGAGGGCUCUGGGUUGGACCCUGCUGCCCCGGAGAAAACCUCGGCCAAGGCCAAGGGCAGUGGGGCAGGUGGCCACGGGCCGGAGCGACCCAAGCGCCCGGGGUCCCUGCUGGCACCCAACAACGUCAUGAAGCUGAAGCAGAUCAUCCCGCUGCAGGGCAAGUUCCUGUCAUCCGGGGCCUCGUCCUCCUCGCCGGCCGGCCCGGGGGCCAACCUCACCACCCGGCCAACCCCUGCCCAGUCGCCCACUGGCAGUGACACCCGCCUGCCAGCCUUCCUUAGCUUCAAAUUCCUCAAGUCACCUGAGACCCGGCGGGACCCAGAGCGUAGCCACUCUCCACCCAAGGCCUUCCACGCCGGCAAGCUUUUCCCCUUCGGCGGGGCCCGGGCAGAGGCCGGGUCCAACGGGGCGGGCGGGCAGGCCCGGCAGGACGGGACCCUCGGCGGUGGCGGUUGCCGAGCCCAGCGGAGUGGGCUGGCGGACGAGGCUGCAGCUGAGGAGCCGGACACACCCCGGCCCGAAGAGGAAGGCUCAGGGACAGCGCUGGCCCCCGUGGGCGCCCCGGCCCUCCGCACCCGCCGCAGCCGGAGCCCUGCGCCGCCGCCACCGCCGCCAACACCGCUGCCUCGGCCCCCGACGCCCCCCGCGGGCUGCUGGCAGUGGGACGGGCCGUGGGGCUGCGGGGGCGAGGGGGCCGCCCCCCGCCAGGCUCCUGCUGCCAACGACUGCCCGCCCUGCGCCCUCGCCGGGCCCCCGCCUGCCCCCCAGCCCCUGCCGGGGGACGCCAGCUUCUACAGCCUCCCGCUGCCGCCGCUGCCUCCCACCUCCGAGCCCCCCCAGCCCCCGAUGCCCUCACCCAGCCCCAGCUCCAGUCCCAGUCCUCAGGCCGUAUGCUGGCCCAGCGGCUGGCAUUAGCUCCGCCCGCCCUGCCUUCCUGUUUUCAUAUGCAAUAUCAAUCACAGACGGGGCGGCGGCCGCCACCCAGAAAACACUUGGGCCGGGCCCGAUGUACCCCAGUAUUGGCUGCCCCCUCCUGGGGCACGGCCGGGGGCCUGGGGCCCCUCUAUCUGCCGUUUUCCUUUCGACCAGGAUGGGGGGGAAACAAAACCCCCAAAAAACAACAGAAAACACACAGAAUAGGCGAUUAUUUAUUUGUUUUUAAUUUAUUUUGUCAUAUUUUUGUAAAACGGCAGAAAUGCAAUAAAAAGUAUAUUUCAACAGUG